AUUUAUAUAUUCCAUUUACUAUUGUUGAAGGCAUCAAUGCAGAUCUACAAAACUGAGCCAUUUCAGUUUUGAUUUCAAAUAUUGCUACUAAGUUCUGAAGAGCUUGAAGUAAGUAUUCCUUUUCUAUCCUAUAUUAAAGAGAAAAAGAGGAAAAAAAAGCCAUAUGUAUUAGCUUCUUAUUUUCAGGUAAAUAGUAUUUUAGUUUAUUUUGAUGAUCUUUUGUCUAGAGAAGAAACAGUUGCCGGAGCUAGCCGGUGUUCGAAUGAGCAUAUGAAGCCUCGUAUGUUAUUGAUGUUUCCCUUUAACUCCACAGCUUGUUCUGUGUAGAAAGUUUUUUAAAUGUUAUCGUUUUUCUUGUUCAACUUGAGGAUUAAAGUAUUGUUUAAGGAUGUUUUGAGUUAUUGUUAACAGUGUUACCUGGAUCGCAGGUCGAUAAGGUACGGGAACACGAUACGCUGUCACUCAUGGUACGCAAUACGAUAGUUAUAUACAUAUAUUAUUUAUAAAAUUGAACUUAUCAAUACAUUUAUGGAUUAUUUAAUAUAUUUAUAUAAUGAAUAUUGUAAAUAAAUAAUAAUUUAAAAAGACAGAAUAAAGAAAUUAUAUCUUUCCAGUUCCCACAAUACCAAAACUUCCAUUCGUACAUAAUUACAACUUCUCUCGCAGAUUUUCUUUUCUUCUUUUCAUACGAUCCCAACCUCUCUCCAAGAGCCUGAGCCCUAAGCUGCAAAAAGUAAAAGGCUAUUGAUGAGUCUUCCAUGCCACUAAGGGCAAUUCAGUUUGCUUUCUAACCUUGUUUAAUUGAGAUCUUUAGAGGUAAAGGAGAUUAAUCGAAAUUGUAUGAUUGAAUCAUUAUAUUGGGAUCGCUUCUACCAACGAUCUGGAUCGCGACCGUAUUGUGUUCUGGGUCGUGCAAUUCGGGUCUCGGUACGGAGGCCAAGCCAGCGAACCCGGUCCAUAAGUCUGUCGUACUCCAGGAAUUUGUAUAUUUGUGGGUUUCUUUGUAGACUUCACAAUAACAAAACGAUUUUUAUGACAGAGAACAUGCAAGACCCGGCUCAACAUAGCCGUAUACAAGGUGAUGCUGCAAAUCUAAGUGGUGGUAAGGAUCAAAAUUCCUUAUCAUUGGAACGUGUCACUGAACAACAUUUACUACCGAACGAACAGAAGAAGACACUACUUGAAAAACUUCAAGGUACAAGCUGGGAUACCAUACAUGUAAUCUCAUGUGUGAUUGCAGUCUCAGUUGAUCCUUUGUUCUUUUACCUUCCGAUCGUUGAUGAGAAAAUCAAGUGCCUUGGAGUGGACAAAAAUUUGAGGAUUGCUGCUCUUCUUUUGCGCGCGUUCACUGAUAUUGCUUUCAUCCUGAACAUUUUCUAUCAAAUUAAAAAUGUCACCGAAAAUGUACAGUCUAGAGCAAAGUCGAUUAAUAAUAAUCUUAAGAAUAACGAAAAAGGAAAGCAGGUUUCACAAUCCAAACGAGAUUCAAGAGUUUGGUUCGCUAAGGAAUUAGCUCGAAAGAUGCCAUGGCACUCAAUUACGAUUGACAUUCUUGCGGUUCUCCCGAUCCCACAAGUGCUAAUGGCUGUUUUCUUCAAAAUGAGAAGCUCCAAAUAUCUGGGCCGAAGAAAGAUUAUUGAUGUCUUUCUUCUUGCCCAAUAUUUGCCAAGGAUUUAUCGUAUGCAUCACUCGUCAAUGAAACUUAAGCAAAAGAAGGGACCAUGGAUCAGGGGUGCAUUAUAUUUUUUCUUGUACAUCCUCGCCAGUCAUGUGUAACUUUGUAUAAGUGUGCUGGCUUCAUAGUGCUUUAAUUUGUAAAGUUACUUCAAGCCAAGCACCACCUCAAGUAGUUUCAACUUUCAACUUUCAACUUUCAACUUUCAACUUUCAACUUUCAACACAGAAUUCGAAGCUAGAAGAGAGAAAGUAGUGACGAUUAGGAUGUAGAGUCGUUGAUUACUGUAGAAAAAAGCUAGCAGAAAGCAUUAAUUAGGGUGUUGUUAUUGUGGAAAUUAUUCUAUGCACUGACGGUGCAAGUGACUCAGACUUUGUGCAAUUGUAUUUCUUAACACCUCAAUUUCUUGUCUUCCCGAACCAUCUCCUUCAUGUUCAUUAUCCUCCCCGAACAAUGUCUACAUUGGAAAAGGAGCUUGCUAGGUAAAUUGCCUCCCUGAUUGCCAAGGCCCUAGCUGCCAUUGGCGAAGGGGCUAACAAUUUCACUGCUCUUCCAGCAAUUAAGCAAGCAAGGAAGCAAUCAGAAGUUUCUCCUCCUUACUAUCAGAUACCGACCAAAGCAAGGUACAAGCAAUUCACAGCAAAAUAAGUGAAAAGGAGAAAUCUGUGGUAUACAGAAUGCAAGUGUAGAUUUGGAAGCUAAAGAAAACUUGUUAUAAGGAAAAAUGUGGUGAAAUUCAUAUGAUAAUGAACUCAUACACAAAAUUUGGCAAUGCUGCCUUAUAAAUGACUCCCUUCUUCACCAUAUUCUGAGUACUACAAGCUAAAACAGUUCCUCAUCCUACAUUGAAUCACCAAAGUAAAAGGCACAUAGAGAACAAUAUCAAUGCCUAAACACUCUAAGCAAAAUAACAAAUAACAUUUAGAGUACAUGAAGCACCAGAGCAUAACACACUCACAAUGCCCUCUACAAAACUAAUGCUUUGGAGCCUCUGACUUACUCAAUUACUUCUUUAAAACAUCCAUAUCGACCCAAAAUCAACCCUCACUUGAACCGGUGGGUUAGCAAACCGGCAGGCCAAAUUCGGAAUCUCCUUAGAGUGAUAAUCAAUCUUCGCAUGCGUAAACUUCAACCCAUGCACCAUGCUCACCACCACAGUCCUCUCAAUAGGGCCUAUAACCCCCUUAUUCCGUAGCUCAAUCAACGCUACACCAGCUAGAAUAUCAUCUUAAGAUUCUGG